AUGGGAGGCCCAAUAAAGAGAGAAUCCGGGAGAAAAAGAAAGGCAGAUGUACGAGAAGCUAGGGCGAGCCUCAGACAAAAUAAGGUCUACCAUGCGUAUAUUGCAGACCGGUCAGUGACGAUCGAGUUUUCAGAGGACGAGGCGACCCACCUCCUCCAUCCUCAUAACGAUGCACUGGUUAUCACUUUGAAGAUAGCAAAUGUGAAAGUACAUCGAAUUUUGGUGGAUGGGGGCAGCUCGGCGGAUAUCAUCUCCUGGACAACCUACAAAGUCAUGGAUUUAGGAGAAAAGGUGCUUAAGAGUAGCCCAGCACCGUUGAUAGGAUUUGGAAGGGAACGAGUCAUUCCCGAGGGGAGGAUAGAGUUGCAUGUAACGUUCGGAAGUGGGCCAAAAAGCGUCACCAAGAUGAUGGACUUUUUAGUCGUUGACUACACAUCCUCCUACAACGCAAUAUUAGGAAGAUCGACAAUGCAUAUGCUCAAAGCGAUACCAUCCACAUACCACCAGUCCAUGAAGUUCCCAACAUCGGGUGGAGUAGGAAAGAUUAAAGGAGAGCAACGAGUGUCGCGGGAAUGCUACUAUACCUCAAUGAGGGGCAACGACAGGACUUCUACUAAGGGGGGCUGUUGA